CAGCAAUCCGAAAUGUCCAAAUGGAUAAGCUUCUUAGGAAUGCGUUAGCCCAAUCGAGCUAACCCUGGUUGGCCAAAUCUAUAAAGACCCUUACCCAUUUGGCUACUUCCCCAACUCAACUCAACUCAAAGCAAACAACAAACGAUCAACGCAUCAGAAAAUGGCUUCAGCAUCUUCUACCGUGGCUUCUUUUAGCCCUUCCUUCGCUCAUUUCAUGGGCCCCAAAGUUUCAAUCAAGGAACCCAGUUCCAUGCCGACACUUGUCCGGUUCCGACCACUACGUAUCUCCGCUGCUUGUACAUCCACCGCUGAGAGAACGAUUUCCCACUUUGCUUCUCCAUCUUCACUGUACGAGGUAUUGGGGAUUCAGAUGGACGCCACGUGUCAGGAAAUCAAGGCUGCUUACCGGAGAUUGGCGCGAGUUUUACACCCUGAUGUCUCGGCUAACGGUCAAAAUAACGCCACGGCAUCACUAGACUUCAUCAAAGUUCAUGAAGCUUACUCCACGCUGUCUGAUCCUGAGAAACGCGCCGAUUAUGAUCGAACGUUGUUGUUCAGGCUAAGGCGGUCAUUUUCCAUGUCAGAAUCCGCAUCAUCGAUGGCUAGUUCGAUGUCUUCUGGGUUUUCUGGUUAUACGAGGCGAACCUGGGAAACUGAUCAAUGUUGGUAACGCUUAGGAUAAAAAUUUAUUAAGUUCAGGGAUAUACUUAGAAAUACAGGGUGAUUAGAGGAAAUUUUGUCCCCUAAUUUUCAUUGUUUUGGGCCUUUCGGCUUUCUGGGAAUUACUGAUUUCUGCUAAUUCUGUUUGUAAAUAUAAAAAAUAUUUGAACUAAAACAGGCGACUUUUUUAUAGCCUGAG